CGCUUGAACUCAGUCCAAUUUGUCCCGGGCCUUUCCGGUCCUUCCACUCUGUCGUACUCUGACAACAGCGCGCGCAGUGACCCGCCCUGUCAGGAGGCGGGUGUGUGUGUGGAUGUAUAUAUGAGUGUGUUUCUGUGAUGGACUCAGAGCUCAGACUCUCUGACAGUGCGCGGUGUGUAUCUUUCGGACCUCAAACAUGUGUCUGCUGCUCGUGCUCGGAGUUGUGAUCGGAGUCGCGUACAUUUUCCGCGAGACUGUGGUAAAAGGAAAGAGAUGCACGAGCACGGUGAAGCUGCACGGGAAGACCGCUGUCGUGACAGGUGAGUGGAGUAAAAUGUCAAAUACAUGGAUGUAUUUCUCGGGGGAUAAACCCAUAAAUGUGUGCAGACAUGUCAUCAUCUUAGGUAGUGUUAAACGUAGUUUUCACGCUAUAACUCGGAUACUGUCUCUGUUGUUUCUGCACCCCACCAGUCUAAAUCACGAAGUCCUGCUUACUAUUGACCCUGGAUUUCAGCCCAGGUGUGUCCCUGGUGGCAGCCACAGUCCAGUCUGUGCAGUAGCUGUAAAUAACCAUCCGGAAACUCUUUACGGAUGUUUGAUAAGCGUGAUUUCACAUGAAGAGCAUUAAGGAAAAAACACUAACUUCUACCUGAACUUAUAGCUCCUGCGAUUUUUUUUUUAAAUUUAUGAAUAGGCGGUAAUCCAUAAGUUUUUUAUUUAAACAAAAGCAGAAAAAGGUGUAAAUAUCAUGUAUAUACUAAAUGCUACAUAUACUGUAUUAUUUUUCAUUCCUAAAAGCACUGUGAGGGGUAGGUUUUCAAAAAAAUAAUCCCUAAAGUUUACCUGGUAUUUAUUUAUCCUUGGAGACAGCAUUCAGGGUUUAAUCUCUCAGAAACAUUUAUCUGUGUCACUUCUGCUCUAUUUGUACUUAUCAUGAACUUAUUUACUCAAAUAACUUGGUGUUUAUAUAUUUAUAAAAAAGUAGGAGGGCAGAGUAAAUCUGCACAAAAAUCUCCUCCUUUAACUAAGAUGAAUGUGGCUGCCUGUUAUAAAAGCGGUUAAAUCAAGAAACUGAAUACUCAAAAGGAGGAAAUUCUUACUCAACUGAGCACUUGAUCUAUUUCCUUACACCAAGUUUGAUAAUAGAAUCCACCCAGUCUUUUUCCCUUCAUCCUGCUGAAAGACAAACAAACUCUUCAAUGGAGUAAUAACACAAAAAGAAGAUUAGAUUAAGAGCAUUGUUUGAGUUUUGAAUGCUGUUGUUUCUUAUGUUUUGGGCUGAAAUGUUGUGUGCAAUGCCUGUCUUUUUCUUCUUACUUACAGGCAGUAACACAGGCAUUGGAAAGGAGACAGCCAUCGAUCUGGCCAAAAGAGGAGCUCGAGUGAUUAUGGCCUGUCGCAGUAAACAGAGAGGAGAAGCAGCUCUGGAGGAUGUUAAGAGGGUGAGCAGAAAACAUGAAAUUUACAUCCUUUUGCCAGGAUUUACUGCCACACACCAGAGAGAAGAAACAUUCAUCAGAAACUAAUUGAUACCAGUAUUUCUUCUUUGUGUUAUAGUAGCCCAGAAUUAUCUGAUAAACUCAUCAUAUCUCUUGCAGGAGAGCGGCAGUGAUCAAGUGGUAUUCAUGCAGCUCGACCUUGGGAGUCUGAAGUCUGUUCGCAGUUUUGCUGAAAACUUCCUGAGGUCUGAAUCCAGACUGGACCUGCUCAUCAACAAUGCAGGUCAGACUGAUUAUUGCAACAUGUAGAUUAACAUUUAAGCUUUUUUUUCUUUUGGAAGUACCAGACAGAAGAGAAUACGAUAGAAUGCUUUAUUGUUUUUGCAUUAAAAAUAUGAGUCCUGCUCCAUUUAAGUGCUUCAGUAACAAAUCAUAUCAUACCAUCAUACCAUAAAAAAACAUAGAAGUGACAAAUAAAAACACAUGGUGAAACAUCUACAUGAACUCAUAAAUUCAUAAAGUGUUGUGUAAGUACUGCACUAGAGUUGGGUGAGAGCAGCAGGUGUUUAUAAAGUAUAGGAGUCUGUCUGUUAUCAUAUAACACCAAUUACAUUUACUGUUGUCUCAAUAGUUAUAUAAAACAUAUAUGGCUGGUCAUUUAAGAGUGUCAGUCAUGAAUAGUGCUACAUCAUCCCUGGAGUGGGGAGGGACCACUUCAAGUCAGUCGGUCAAGUUCAGUGGGAGAAUCAUCACAGUGCAGGGUCAGGUGUAGCAUGCAUGUAUUCCUGAGCUCCAGUUUCCUGUGCAGACUCACUGGCUCACUUUCUAAACCUUCUUCGUACAAUUUUAUCUCCAUUUCCAGUUGCUUUAAGGGAGUAGUUUGGUAUAUAUCUAGCAGGCCUUUAAAUCCCAGUCUUUGCUGUCCUCACCUGUAACAUCCCAAAAGCCAUUGAGAUUUUGUCCUAAAGUAUUUCCUAAUUCUUCCUGAUAAUUUGAUUUUAAGUUUGUGACUGGGCUGCAGUGGUUUGGUUUCCCUUUUAUGGGAACUUGUUAGAAUAGGCCUGUGUUUUUUCUUCUUUCUUCUUUUGAUUAUCUGCAACUGUAGUGGACACAUGUGGCUGUGACACAUACUUUUUUUUUUUGCUAGCAAGGAAACUCAUAUUCUGUAUUGAUUUUCAUGUAAAGUUCUUCUUUCAAUAUUGUUUCUGAGAACACAUUGCACAACUGAGAAUCAUGUUCUUUAUUUGUACAGCAGCAGUAAGCACAGUUUUCAUUGUCUGAAUUAAGGUCUGUCCUCAGACUACAGCCCUGCAGUUUGACAGGGAGGACUACCCAACCUUAAAAUGUAAAAUACAAUGAUAAGUGUUGUGGAGUCACCAGUAAUACAUCUUAGUGUGGAAUUAUAAAGAUAAAUCAAUUUAAUGAAUAAUUUGUGUUUGGAAAAUAGCAUCAGCUUUAUUUUAUCUUCGUUAAAAUUAAAUCUGAGAUCUCAAAGAACAUCCUGCAGGCUGCUAAGAUAGUAUUGUACUUUUCGUACUGCAAGAUAAUCAUUGUCAGCACAGCAGUAAGGCACUGUGUCAUCUGCGUACAGAUUUGCACUAAUGGAUAAAAUAUUGUUAUAAAAUAUUGUUAUAUAAAUAGUAAAUCAAAGUGGACCUAAUAUGGAACCUUGUGGAACACUCCUUGUUACUGUUAAACAGCUGAAAAAAAAAAAAAAACUAGCCCCCUAGUUUAAUUAAUUGAUGUUUUUCUGCCAUGCAUGGCUAUCAAAACCAGUGUUAUGUAGCCUUUGUAGUGACAGUGAUCCACAGUACUGAUAACUUUAAAUUUGAAAUUGCAGUUUAACAACUAUUUCUCAGCCUGGUUCUCCAACAAGCUUCUGCUUGUAAUCUUAAAGUUAGAUCAAGUGUAACAUAUUCAUCUUAAUUUACUCAUAUACUCUCAGAUUCAAAUUAAUCUAUCAAAAGUCUUCUUGUUCUGAGAUUUUGGAAGUGACUGGAAAGAGUGUUGUGUAUUCUUAACUGCAUGAAAAUUGUAACCAUGAACUGCUUACAGGUAAAGCUGCAAUUGUGAUUUUCUAAGACUUGAAGGAUUCUGCAGGGUGUGUUUAAAAGACCCCUUUUGAAAUAUUGUUAAAAACAGAUGUACAAGUUUUCAGAUUUUUAAACCUUGUGGACUCGUGUGAAUACAGGGUUAAAGUUCCUCCAUAUUUUUAUCACAGGUCUCUAUAUGGAGGGCCGCACAGAGGAUGGACUAGGCAUGAUGUUUGGCGUGAAUCACAUUGGUCACUUCCUGUUAACUAACCUGCUGCUGGAUCGUCUAAAGGCGUCUGAGCCUAGCAGGGUGGUCAACGUGUCGUCUGUGGCUCAUAACUUUGGGAAGGUAGACUUCGACUGCCUGAACAAGAACAAAGCUCUGGGAAUGGGAACUUCGUUCAUGGAAGUUUUUCAGAUUUACUCUGACAGCAAGCUGUGCAACGUCCUUUUCACCCAUGAACUCGCCAAGAGACUGCAGGGCACCAAGGUCACCUGCUUCACCCUCCAUCCAGGUAAGGGUGUCACUGCUCAAUCUCAGAACCACUCAUACUGCUUGUUGCAAUCUCAGCUGGAUUUAGUUUCUUGAACCAAAAUUUAAAUAAUAAAUCUACACCAAUGACAUUUUGAUCAUGCUAAACAAGCUUUAGCCCUCAAGUACCGGCUUACAUCUUUUGUGCUCUUUUAGCCCAAAAACUAAUAAUAAUGGGAAUAAACACUGUCUGCUGUAAUUGGAGUACUCCAACAGAUCACUUUGUUCCCCCCAACAUUGCAAGCGUGAAAUUCUGAGCUUCAAGUUGAAACAGCCCAAAAUGUCAGCCCAUAUCAGCAGCUGAGAGUUUCAUGGUUGAAAAAAGAUAAUGAGCUAAAUGCAGAGGUCAUUGUUGCCCCCUUUUUGUUACCCCGCGGGAAAAAAACUUCAAGAUCUUUGUGCAUCAUUGUGUAAGUUAGAUUUUAACCACUGCAGAUUAGUAGUUCAAAAACACUGACUUUCAUUUUUUUUUUGCAGGAGCCAUCAACUCCGAGCUGGCAAGGAACACAGGUAUCCUUCAAACUAUCCUGAAGCCCAUGACAGCUUUCUUCUUCAAGAACACGGUCCAGGGAGCCCAGACCACCCUGCACUGUGCUUUGGAGGAAGGAAUCGAACCGCUGAGCGGGCGUUACUUCUCCAACUGCACUGUGAGAGAAUUGUAUUCGAAAGCCAAAGAUGAUGCUGCAGCCAAGAAGCUGUGGGAGCUGAGUGAGAGAUUUUGUGGGCUCGCUUAAACAACUAACCCUCUGACACUUCUAUCAUUUAUGUGAAAUAUUAACAUGUAAAGGUGUCCUUGAAUGCAUCUGAGACUUUUCACAGCACAGAAAAUGCCGGGAACAGUUUUUUUUUUACAAUUUGUGAAAGCUAUUUCAACUGUCAAACAUUCCUACAUGUAAAGCAGAUUCGUGACUACAUUGUAUAACUUGUUUAUUAUCAGUAUCAAUAAAUAGUCAAUUUACUCUCUGUGCAUGGGACUUUUGUUUUAAAGAGAUGGGUUCAUACUCAAUACAACCUAUUGUAAGCGAACUGGUUAUUAAAAAUGAAAAGAUUCUGGUUUCUCUGGUUUAAAAUGGGCGUAAUUUGUUUGGAGAAGGCGGUGGAAGGUAUUGUUAUCUAAGCCUUUAUAAUGUAACAAAGACGAAAUAAGAACCUGAAGACAGACAGUGUUAUGAUUCACCUCAGAUCACACAAAGACUUUAUCCCAGUAGAUCUUUGACCUACAUAUUUACAUUGAAAAGAGCGGGUACAGAGGAUGAGAAGAAGCGUAGGUUGGAUGGUUGAAAAGGAUGGAGGUAGAGCCGGAUAAAACAUGGCCAGGGUAAAUGUGAAAUGGACUUUAUAUGGUUUUAUGUAGUUUAUAUAGUUCUUUCUCUGGUUCCUAGAGGGAGGGAUGACAGAGGGUCUGGGUUGCUAGCAAUGAGUUGAGUGACUCAAGAGAGUCAGGGAUGCAUGAGUUUGGGUUGAAUUAGAGAUGGUCAUUUUAGGGUCGGAUGAUUAUGGGUGAAGGUAGGGGGGGAUGAGAGAUGGUGGGAUGGGUGAGUGUCCAAAAAGGGAGCCUGAAUGAGAAAAGUGGAUAGGAGAGGACUGAGGUUUCAUAUUUAAUACAUACUGGGAUCCAUUCAGAGGUUAGCAAGAGCAAGUUGGACCUGCUUUUUUGUGUGCCCUUUGUUUUCUGGGUGUGUUUGAAGCUGUUUCUUUAUUCUGUCUAGGGUUAAUCAAUGUAAACAAAGCUGGAUCACCAAAUGGGCAAAGAAGAAUUCAGAUCAAAGUUUAUCGUGUUGAAAUCACAGAAAUGUCCAUCAAAGAGGAUUUAUGUAUUUCCAGACCCGGGUUCUUUACAUCUGAGGAAAUCAGAUGAUCAAUACGUACAUGAAUUGUCACAUGAGUUUGAAACCAGACACAGUGGUAAAAUUGACUUUAUUGACAAAAACAGUGAUUUUGCCUCUCAGAAAAGGUAUGCCUGGUCCUUAAUACCCAUGAUCAACCAGGUAGUGUGUUUUUUGUUGGGUUGACUUUGUUGUUUGGGGAACUAGCUUGGGCUAUUGUGUCAACAGAAAUAAUAGAGUUUAAUAAGAUGAUACUGCUGUUUAUUUCAGUGGGGUUUGGUGACUUAGGAGGUAGAAAUCAAACAACAUAUACAUAUAUGAGAAAGCAAAUAAUAACGUAACUCUCUGUGAAAAUGUUUUGUGUAAUAACAGACUCUUAGAUUAACCAUCUGAGCCUGUCACAGUGUGACUGACAAAAACAAGAACUUUUUUGGAGGUUUUUAGCAGGUCGUUCGGUAGAGGUGUGAAUCUUUGAUAAAAUCCCAAUUUGAUAUGAUUUAAAUUAUGAAGGGUCUCUAUAUCUGAUUCUAAAUCAAGAACAAAGGGAUACAGGAUGCCUUUUUGAGAAUUUACUCAAGUGUGCUGUAGACCAAGAAAGACACAGUGACAAAAUAUCAUUCAACAUUGACGCAUUUUUAAAUGUUUUUAUCGGCAUGUUGUCCCUUUUUUUUUUUACACCCACUGAUGACAGUAGGGUUAACACAGAGAAGAAAAUCAGAUUUUUCUCACAUAGAAGUUGUUCACCAGCAGAUUCUUACUGCACAAGUUAAUUCUACUAAGUGUACCGUCACAGAUUUUGGUUCUACCAAAAGAUAGGCUUCAGAUGCAACCAUUCAGGAUGGCAGAAAUAAUCAAAAUAUGACAUAAUUACAUUUGGCACAUGACUGUAAAAGGAAAUAUGCAGACAGUGAUGUAACCAUGGUUACAAAUUUACUUAGAGGCAAGAAAACGGCUCUAAUAACAUCCCAAAAGUAGAGGUAACUUUAGUGACACAAUAGUGCUGUAACUGCUCUGUUGCAAUGUUGCAUAUCUAACAAGUCUUCACGGCGAGUUCGCAAAUAAUAAAGAAUGCAGCCUAAGACAUUAAAAAGACAUUAAAAAUAGGUGACACUGAUUCACAUACAUAGACAUUAGACAGUAUUGUAGAGGAGGAAAUCAAACUGGAGCACAUGAUCUGUGUGACUCAGGCAGAUCGGAUUUCUACUUUCAUAGCUCUCUGUUAAUAUGGGGCUUUUUAUGCUAAUGUACUUUGAUGCAACAUCCGCACCAUGGUUUUCAUCCAUGCACACUUAAAUCACAGCACACAAGAUCACAAAUCCAGCUGAAUGUCUUCUUUGUUGUCCUCUUGUGGUUAUACCACAAAGCCUUGUAAGUGCUUAUGUCAGUUGAAAGUAAGACUACACUAUAAUCACAAUUACAACUCUAUACAGCUGGAUGGUGCAUAUUUGUCAAAAUGACUGGGAUGGGGUCAUUGGAGCUAAAAUACUUUGGGUGGGCUAGAUUAUUUUUCCAGACUCACAAAUGACCAUUGUUUGAUACGAGAGGGAUUGAGGACAACAAGUAUACAGUUUUACAGUUUAUAUGCUCCAGGCAAAUUCUUUAGCUGUUAAUGAAUUAAACCAUCACAUUUCCUCUAAGACCGAGGCGGUAAUAUCUAAGUAGCUGACCUUAUCUUUGAGACUAAAAGAUCACAGUGUUUCUACUUUUCUGCUCUACUGAGUGAAGCUGAAAACAAGUCUGUCAUCAAAGGAGUGGGUACCUGACAACCUGUGGUGUUAAAAAGUAAAACUAAUGUGAAUGUACAAUAACCUGCAGUUCUUUAAGUGUCUAGUCCUGCUUCAACUGGGUGAAGAAGCUGCUGAGGCGACACCUUAAAGACGGCUAGAAGCUCCUGCCUGUCACUCAAAAACAACACACCCCUAACUUUAGCCUCAACCUGAACAAGUGAGGUGAAUUAAGGACCCAAAAAAAUUGAUCAGGCUGUAAACAUCUUUAUUUCUGAUGUGAAGUUGGAGAUUUAAAUGUGACACUAUGGGGAUUGACUCACUUUUGGAUACACCCGUAAGUGGACGCUUGUGGAAAUGCAGUGUGUACAUCAAAUUGUAUUUAUUUAAUUUUUUCAUCCCAGUAAAGCUCUGUCUCUUAUUUUUGCUGCAACAAAUUUUUGUUAAAAACUUUUUGGAAACAAUAAUACUUUCACGACUGAAAUUAGCACAGUUUUCUGCAACUCUAAUGCAAUCCUCUGCACAGCCAUGCCGCCUCUCAGCUGGCAUGACAUAACCUGAUAAACUUCCUCAGAGAUAAAUUUGCCAUCCACUUCAGACAGGCCUGCUCAGGAAACUCCAUGAUGUUUUUAAAUCAGUAUCAGCCCAUCUUUUUGUUCAGCGGAGAGUGUGGCCUGCAGCAACUUGGUGAGGAAUUCUUUGCUUAAAACCAAAAGAUUUUUUGAGUCUCCCUCUCAGUGGCAUUUCACUCUUCACCCAUAGAGAAAAAGAUUUGUCAGACUAAACAGCAGAGUCAUAAUGACUUGGCAGUUUUUCAUCAGUGUUGUGACUGUAUUCACUAACCUUAAGCCAAAAUUACAAAGAGCAGUCUGUCCUACUUCAUAUGGUACCUUUCAGUGAAGAUAAAUCUGAUAUCCUUCUGUGUGUAUUUUGAAAAUAGUCACCUUAUCUUAAAUUUAGUUUUGUGCAGCACAUCUCUCUUGCUGCCCUAUGCACACAGAGCACCCACAGAAAAGUCACACAGCAGCUUCUUUUGUUUUUGCUGUGUGAACAAAGGUCAAAGCAGUCUUAGAUAUUCAUAUACAGGAACCACUUUGAAACUAAUUCUGAAAACAUCACGCCAGCAAGAUAAUCUAAUGAAAACUUUGUAUGACUGUUGCCUUAAUUAAUGAGGUACCUGUUCACCUCCUGCCUACAUUUCUCUCCUGGAUGCGGAUGACUGCAAAACAAACCUUUGUGUCUGAAAGCUCAGAUGCAUUCCUUAAUGCUAGCAUACACCACACUGGCUUACACACCCAUACUUUUUUUUUUUUCAAAUCCGUAACACCCAAGUUACAAAAAGACAGGGUGGUUGGCCUACAAUAUAAUAAAUACUUUACAUACAUACAAUACAUGUCAGUACUUUCCACACUAACUCUUAAAAUAAUCCUCACAUUCACUCAACAUCAAGUGGCUUAUUUCAUGAGUUCCUCUGAUUUAAUAUGUCAGCUUCUCAAUCACGUUAACUCUUUUAGUUAUUUCCCUCAAUUUCUUUACAGUGGGGCUGAGUUUCUGAAGCCAAACAAAAUCAUAAUUAAGUCUGAUGUCCUGUUUCAUCACAUGGCUUAUUUCUGUACAUACAUUCUCACAGUAUUUCUUCAAUACAGGACAGGACAAAAGGCAAGACUAUAUUCUGCAUGAUGUUCUCCACAUCCUUGUCUCUAACUCAUCACAGUUGUAUUUGUAAAGCUCAGCCAUAUUUCUCUGGAUUUUAUACACCUGAAUAUUUAAUCUCUUUUUUUAUUUCACUUUAAUGGAAACCGUUUAAGUUCUGAAGAAAUAGGGUGUCCUAUUGUGUCACAUUUUUGCAUAGUCAUCUAUAUCCAGACUAUCUUUGAUAUUAUCCAUGAAGGCUGGGUGGGUGAUUCAAGUCUUGUUAAAUAUAAUAUAAUAUCAUCAGCAUAUAAUGCUAAUUUAUGCUGGUUACCUUCAAUCUCUACCCCUUUUAUCUCCUUGUUUCCUCGUGUGCACACAGCCAAUGGCUCAAUAAACAAAGCAAAUAUGAAUGGGGACAGAGGGUCACCCAUUGAGUGUCUUUUCAGCUCAAAAGCCUUUGAUGGCGUCAAUUUACUUUGACUCGAGCUUUUGUAGUUGAACAUAUUAUCUGCAGCCAAAAAAUAAAAGUUUUUCACUUUCUAAACUGUGGCAUUUUUGGUGAGGGCAAUGUUUGAUAUUUUUGGUGGUUUCUUAGUUUAUAAGAAAGUAUCCUAAGUCUUUGUGCCCCUCCAUCAUAGUAUUUUUGUUUAGUAAAAGCUGAUGUACGUUCAGCUCUCAGUGAAAGUCUUUUCUUGUUUUCUUUAGUUAUGCUAAAACUGAAGGGUCUCACGCAAUUUUUUUGUACUUUCUUAAUUUUUCCUCAAUACUUUCAAUUAUUUUCUCCCUUUCGCUUUUUUUUUUUAAACUUGUGAUGAUUAACACAUCAAAUGGCUGCUUUUGUACCUCCCCAAAUAGUCCUCGAUUCCAGUACUCUAUUUUUAAGUCUUCCACUUGCAAUACUAAAUUAUUAAGCCUCCAUUAAACUUUACUCUUUUCUCUUUCUAUUUUUUGAUAAAUUAAAGCCUGAUCUAACAAGGUAAUCUGCUGUAUGUCACAUUCUGGUUCUCUAAACAUUUUAUUUUCGAAAACAAAAAAUAAUCUAAUCAAUUAUUCCUGACUUUUCUCAAUACUCUAGCUGCAGUUCCUGAAUUAUGUUUUUUUUUUAAACCUGGGAGUGUAAGUUUGCAUCCAGAACAAGGUUAAAAUAACCAUUAUUAUAAUUCCCUGACUUUGAGAGUCUAUUAAUUUCAACAUAUUCUUUAUUAAACCUGGCCCUUCUUUAGGAGGGUUAUACACAUUUAUUAAAGUUACCAUAAUAUUAUCAAAUAUACCUUUCAACAUAACAUAUCGACCCUCUUUUUUAGAAGAUACUUGUUCUACCAUUCAUUGAUAUAUAUAUAUUUAUUCAUACAUUCAUAAACAGGAACCACUUUGUAGCUUAGUCUAAAAACUGCAUGUCAACAAGAUGAUCUAACUAAAGCUUUGAAUGACUGUUGCCCUGAUUCAUUUAGUUCCUGUUCACCUUCUGCCUAUAUUUCCC